AUGAGACGUCAAAUGAAUGAAGGGGUGAACAGUCUGAGGAUUAGAACUUUAGAUUCUUUUGUCUGGGAUUAGAGCUUUAGUCUGGAAUCAGGACUUUAGAAGAGCUUACGAUCUUAUUUCAUAGCUUAAUCAUGUCCGUAUUUACAAACGCAAUUGAAGUAUGGGCAUGUGCUUAUGGUGGAAAAUACCUCUCUAAGAUCGAUAAAUUCUGCAAGCGAGCAUGGAACUAUGGCUACACCAGGGAGCGCAGUGAUGUAAUUCAAAUUAGCGAUAAACAACUAUGGAAAAAAAUCACAGCUACAGAUACACAUUGUUUAACAGAUCUUCUACCGAAAAAACAUACAUAA